CUGACGGCGAGUUCGACUACGGCAAGUUUGAGCCCCACAUAGUGCCCAGCACAAAGAAUCUACACCAGCUGUUCUGCAAGCUCACUCUCAGGCACAUCAACAAGCUUCCAGAGCACGUGCUGCGUCAUGUCCAAGGGAAGCGCUAUCAGAAGGCCCUGAAAACGUAUGAGGAGUGCCAGAAGGAGGGAGUGGAGUACAUCCCCGCCUGCUUGCGACAGAAGAAGCGGCGGACGCAGCACCCUGAUGACCAAAUGAACGGGAGCCGGCAGCCUUACAAGAGAGAGGAGUUCUGGGAGCCAAAGUCCAGUGAUGAGGCUGAGGAUGGAGAGGAGACAGACGACAGCAUGAGUGACCUGUACCCACCUGCACUCUUCCCAGAGAAAAGCCCCUCGGCCCCCCAAACCACAAAGGGCAGCGACGACUUUGCAACAGACAGCGAGGAUGACGGGGCCAAGCGGGACGGCGACGAACAGUCAGGCCCUUUACAGAAGAAAUUCAAGAGUCAUCACCACAAACGCAAGAACCCCAAGAAGGCAACCAACAGCAAAUAA